CGUCUAAAGAGCGCAACUCCAGACUCGGGUUGCGCUCUCUGAUCGGCUGGCGCAAGCACUUUACGGUAUCGGUACUGAGACUUUCGGUGCCAAGACCAGCAUUACCGUUAAGCAGGUACCGCUAGCAUCGGUACCAGUACCGGUACCAAGAGGGGCGGGCGAAGAAGAAGAGGAGGACGCGGAGCAGCUGAACGGAGGCUCGGCGAGGAUAAGAAAUUGUCACGAGAAUGUUGUGAGGAUAGGAUGCCGUGAGGACGAGGAUGCACCUGUCUGCCAUGGAGAGCCCCAUCGAGAACUGCCAGGAAAUAGAUGCUGAUGAAGUUCACCUGCUGGAGAGCAUCGGUAAGGGCUCAUUUGGGGUGGUGUACAAGGCGCUAUGGCGGGGGUUGAUGGUGGCAGUGAAGAAAGUGGAAACAGAGUCAGAGGUUAAUGAGUUUUACAAUGAGGUGCAGCAGCUGGCACGUGUACAGCAUGAGAACAUUAUCCACCUGUACGGGGCCUGCACAUCCGGUAUCUGCAAGUGCCUGGUUAUUGAGUAUGCCGAUGGAGGCUCCCUGUACCACCUGCUUCACAACUCCCCAAACACCAAGUACAACCUGGCGCACGGUAUUUCCUGGCUGUUCCAGUGUGCCAAGGCUGUCGCUUACCUACACUCCAUACAGCCCCGGCCCCUCUUACACAGGGACCUCAAGCCACCCAACCUUCUGCUAACCAAGGGCGCCAAGGUGCUGAAGGUCUGUGACUUCGGUACGGCCUGUGAGCUCAGCACCUUCAUGUCUGACAACAGGGGUUCGGCCGCCUGGAUGGCCCCGGAGGUGUUUGAGGGGAAGAUUUACACUGAGAAGUGUGAUGUGUACAGCUGGGGCAUCAUCCUGUGGGAGGUGGUGACACGACGCGUCCCGUUUGAGGACCUGGGGCUGGCGGUGCGCAUCAUGUGGGCCGUCCAUCAGAGGGUGCGUCCGCCACUCAUCACGGGCUGCCCCAAGCUGCUGGAGAACCUCAUGAAGCGGUGCUGGGACCACAACCAAGACAGGCGACCACGCAUGGAGGAGGUGGUGGAGAAGAUGUGUCUGGUGUCACGCUUCCUCAAAGGGGCAGAUGAACCCAUUUCCAACCCUCCCUCAGAUGACUCCAUCACUGGUGGUGUAGCAGGCCACCACCGACCUUUCAAAAAAGACUCAUAUCGGUCAGCGUGUGUUGGCGGGUCCAGUGCAGGCCACACCAGCCGCGAUGUGAGUGAGCUGUCCUGCAGCACCGGCGACCUGCCCCACCCCCCACAGCCCUCCUCUGGCUCCUCCUCCACCACCAGCACCCACAACCACCUCAGCCCCCACCCUUAGCCCAACCCCAACCAACACACCCACCCUAAUCCAAAACCUCAACCCCAUUGGAACCUCUACCUCCCCCACCCCCCCCACCACUCACACCACCCACAGCCCCACCACCACCACCCGCUCCACUACCAACAACACCACCUCCACCAACACCACCACCACAACAAUAAUGCUGGUUUCCAUCCACCACAUGAUGAGGACUCCCUGUGGCUAAGCUCUGGCAGCGAGGGCACAUACCCACCAGGGGACCCCAACAGCAGAGGCCCCUCCCCACGCCUGACCCCGGCCAUCAGCCCCAAUGUCUCCAGCACUGUGGUGGUCAGUGGGGGUCCGGAAGGCUCACCAUGGUCCUCAGUGGGCAGCCUUGACCCUGCCGACCCCUGCCUGCAACCCCUGGCCAUCAGCAUCCCUGGCCCUCCCCCCCCUACACGCUCCGACAUAACCCUGGUCUCCCCUUAUCAACCCACCAUAGCACUCAGCCCCAUCCCUGGCAGCAUAGGGAGUGUGAGUCCCACUGGGGUGCCUCUUCGCCGCCACCUUUCCCCGGGGGACACGAUAGACCGAGGUGCCGCCCAGAUAAGAAGGCGCUCGGCGGAGGUUAGCCCCCAGCCCCAACCCCCCAAAAACAGCCCUGGCCAUACCCCUCUCGGUCACCGGCGUUCCUCCUCUUACGGGAGUGUGGUGGUGAAGGAGGCGGGGGAGGAGGGGCAGGGUGGUGGUGGUGAUGGUGGUGGUGGAGGGCGAGGGGGAAGUGGAGGUAAUAGUGGAAAAGUAGGUGGAGGAGGAGGAGGGAACAGAGGAGGUCAGUCAGCUCCACCAUAUCCUUCUCUUGUUCCUAGUUUCCCCAAAGUCUCCUCCUCCUCCUCCCCCUCCUCCCCAUCUUCCCACUACCCCCACCUCUUUCCCCAUCUCCUCCCCGGGAUUCCUCAGCAGCAGCAACACCACCACCCUGCACACCUCCACCACCACCACAACAAUCCCCAACACCACCACAACCAACACCACUGCUACCAAAUGCCUCUGUAUCAAAUUGACCCGGGCAUUCGGGACCCAGGGGGCAGCUUGGGCAGGGUGGAGGGGGCGUUAAAAUACCCUGAUAUGCCCCCUCUCCUGCCCCACACGCCGUCCCCCUCCCCCUCGUCCGCCACCACCACUGCCAGCAUCACAACCAGCACCGCCGCCGCCACUACCAGCACCACCUCCAACAACACCACCACCACCACCACCACCACGGCGAUCCCUUCGUGGUUACCAUAUCCUCUCUUCGGGCCGGAGCCAGGUGGCGGUGGAAGCCAUAAUGGAGAAGGAGGUGGCAUAGCAGACUUUGGAGGGGGCGAAGGAGGAGUCCGAGGAGGAGGAGGAGGAGGAAGGAGAGGGGGAGGAAGAGGGCCGGAUGAGGAUGAGCUGGGGGCCUUUUGGGAGUGGCUAGAUGCCGAGGAAAUUAGACCUGUUAAACCACUGCCAUCCUGCCCUGAGUCACAGAAGAUCUUUAGUGAACACAAGGAGAUGGCUCGCAAAUACCUGGUCCUGCAGCAAGAGAUUUUUAACCUGAGACAACGAAAGACGACCCUGGAGGAGAAAUUGUCCCAAGCGGAGAAGCUGGAGCGUAUUGGCAACCAGCGCUACCAAAGCAAGAUACAGGAACUUGAGAGUAAAAGGGAGAGCUUACGACACAACCACAGCAGACUGAGGCAGCAGCUAGAGCAGAUCAGAGCAAGGCAGGAAGAGCAGAGGCAGAGACAGCAGCAGGAGGAGGAGGAGGAUGGGGAUGGGGAGCCCACACUGGACCUCUCCCUCACCCCUCCCUGAUGUUUUCUCACCCCACACCUCUCCCUGAUGCCUCUCCCUUACCCUCUCUAUUGACCUGAGAGGCAUCUGCUUCUGUGCCUUGAGCUGAUGUUUGUUGGCAGGAAGGGAUGGAUGGAGGAGGGUAAUGGUAAAGGAGAGAAGGAAUUUUGGGGUGCAACUGAUUGAUGAAAGUUAAAGGGAACAAAUAUAAUAAAAAUAAGGAGAAUCUUGGUGAAAAAAAAGGAAAUCAGUUAAGGUGAAAGCAUAAGGGAGCAGAGGAGGGGAAGUGAAAGAUCCUGAUGGUAGAGAAAGCUUUAAGUAGUCAAAUAAAUGAAAGUCCUCUUUGUGUGAAGGAUAAGAAUAUAAAUGUGGUGAAGGCAGGGAAAGCAAAGGAGGAGGAGGAGGAAAAGGAAAGAAAAGGUGGUUGUAUUCAGUGAGAGAAAGAAGUCAUUGAGGAAAAGAAAAAAAAUGUAAAGGGAAUCCUUGCCUCAUGAUGAAAAGGAAGAAAAUAAUAAUGCAAGAAAGCAAAUUGGCUGUGGGAUAAAAAUCUGACUAAAAUUUGUGGUGGUGAAUGGAAAAAAAGGGUAAAUGGAAGUGAGGAAGAAAUUGUGGGUGACGGAAGAAAACUGGCCAUGGUGAGCUUUGUGUGGUUGUAGUGUAGCAACCAAACACAAGAACUGAUGCUUGCCAUGUCUGGUGAUUAAUUUGAUGGAUGCUUGUGUGUGUGUGUGUGUGUGUGUGUGUGUGUGUUUUAAUGUUUCCUUAUAAGCAAAAAUGGGAGGUCAAGAAAAAAAUCAAGUAAAAUUGAAACGGAACAAGAUUAAGGUUAACAAUAUAAAUAGUGAAGCAAUAUCAUCCUUGCUAUCAAGUGAAGCAAAUUUGAAUAUGAGAAGCAAAUUGAGUCAGAUUGAAAUACCUAAAGAAGUGAAAAUUUUACUUCAUUACAGCAGCCAGAAAAAAAAUUGAGCAUAUCAUGAAAGUUAAGAGAUUUGCUCAGAUAAAACACCAGACAAAAGGCAAUAAUGAUAGUAAUAAUAAUAUAUAGUCAUGUUAAGGAAGAGGAGGAGGUACCAGAAGUUUGUUUAAUACCAGAAUGGAAAAAAAAUCAGCUCCACUUUUUUUACAUGUCAAAGUUCUGGUGUUGAGACAUUGGUACCAUUUUACAAACUAUUUAUUUACUUUUUCACAUGCAUCUUACUUAAGGGAUGUGAAAGUGCAUUUGGUUUUUAUGUAUAUUUGUAUGUUUUUUAUUCAUCAUUGCAAUCCCUUAUGGGUGUUGUUUAAUGUUGUGUGAUAUAUUUAAAGUUGUUUAGUUAGUUGUAUACCAUUUUUAUAUUAUUUGUUGUAUGUAGUUCAAGGUGUAUGAUUUAUUAUGUUGAUUGAUCAUGAUUGAAGGCCAGAGAAAAUAUGUGUGGUUUGAAGGAAUAGGUUUAGAAAUGGAUAGGUUGGAAAAUGUGAUAUUGAAUGGGCAGCAAGGGGAGGAAAUGUUAGUGUAGAGGACAUGGUGAUUGAAGGGGAGGCAUUAAGAGGGGGAAAUGUAAAUGUAAAGGGCCCAGUGAUUGAAGGUCAGGCAGCAAGAGAGGGGGAGAAAAUGUGAAAAUAAAGGACAUGGUGAUUGGGGGGCAGGCAUAAAGAGAAGGAAAUGUAAGUGUAGAAGAUAAAGUGACUGAAGGCCAGGCAGCAUGGGAGGGGGAAAUGGGAGUAUAAUAAUUGAAGACCUAGCGCUAAGUCAGGAGGCGCAGAAGAAAAUUAAAGUCGCCUUGAUGAAAGUAUUAUCAAGGAAGGGAUUUUGAUUUAAGGUGUGAAGGAAAGGUAUCGUGUGAGGGCAUUAUGGUGGGGCUGUAGAGGAAAAUUAUGAAAGACUUGCAGCUGAAGAAAACUUUGAGAAUAUACGAUAAGGGCUAGCAAAAAAGUAUUUGCAUAGGGUAUAUUAGAGUUAGUAUGUUAUUGAAGAAUUACAUGCCAAGUGACUUGCUUACUAAACAUAUGGUUGGGUAAAAGAGGAAGGAGAGGAAAAUAGAGGUUGUGAGUGAGUGUAGGAGGGAGGUAGGAAUAGUCAUGAAUAUUGUAAUAUCGAGGUGAGGGAAGAAAAGAGUGGAUUGCAUCCAUAGCCAGGUAUUGAGAAAGGAGGAAGGAAGGGGAAAUGUGAACAGAACAAGAAUGUAGUAUUUUCAUUGGUAUGUGAACAUUAUUAAACAUUACUUGCUGGCCUGUGGUAGGUCUUGGGGCCAUAUAAAGUUGUUCACUUGAUUGGUAUUAAUUUAUAAUGUAUUUGGUAAUCAAUUGAUUGUUUGAAGUUUUUUACAAAUAUGUUAGAAAAAAUUGCCAGUAUUUAGAGGAAGAAAAGAAACCAAAAGACAAGGGCCUGAAUUAAUUUGCUUCUGAGGUGGGAAAGUGCUCCGAUCAUGACUUUUUAUCCAGUUAUUAGUUAUUAAUUUUCAGUUGCUUAUGGCCGUAGGCAUUUUUAAAGUUUUCAAUUGUAGUUGAGCUUUCGACAGUCUGCCUGUGCCUAAUCUGGACUGACCUGGGCAGAUGCUUUAGUAGUACCAAGAAUGAGCUUUUGAUAAUUAGUUACAAUACUCCCUUUUGAUUCAGUUGUUUUGCAUAAAAGAUUAUUAUAUUAAGGGAUUUGUUCAGAACUCAUAACAACAGUAUUCUCACAUCAUGGAAUAUGAAUACAGGCCAGCACAUAAUCUGAUAGGAUUUUAUGUAAAAGAAAGACAGGUUUUGGGUUUUUUAUUUAUUUUCUUUUGUACAACUUGUCUCGGUGGCAUUAUCAUUUUGUCUUGCUGAAAAAUUCUAGCGCUCAGUAAUUCAAAAGCUACUGUGUAAGGACUGAAAGCAGUCGGUCAGUUAAUGCAUACACUGAAGGGGCACAUUGCCUUGUCCACCCUAUAAGUUUCCCUGCAGACCCCCUUCCAAUCCUAAGGCCCUGUCCACACUAUUUGGCAGUGCCUAAUGGGUAAACUGCACUGAUCGUAUUUUAAUCACUUCUCAAGCAGUGUUACCAGAUGGAGCAGUUUCCAACAGACUUCACACUAUUUGGCAGUGCACUUACUGGGCAAAAUCAUGAUGGGCAUACCCGUCUGUAAGUUGUGAAAAGUUUCCUAUGAUGGGCGUUUCACUUGUGUUUAAGUGUGGACCAUGAUCAAAAGAACUACGUUGAUCCAGGUGUUGACAGACCCAUUUAUGAGGCUGAGUGUAUUAAUUGAAGGGUUGAUUCCCUUAACCAGUGUUGUUUAGCUGCCUCCAUAUUAUUGGGCAGGUCCUGUGUGUGGUUAUACACUCGGGCAUAAUGCAAAACAGCAAUAUGAUAUUAAUGGCAGCCAGAGGGCAAGUUUCUAUUAGUUUGAGACUUGUGUAUUUGUGCAUGGCCUGCCACCCCUUCCCCCACCCCAUUUGUGCAUGGCCUCAUAUCAGUGCCACCCUCCCCCCACCACCCCAUCCCAUUUAAACGUGUGGAGUGAAUUGGGAUGUGGUAACCAUGUUUGCCCAUUGGGCAUUGCCUGAUAGUGUGGAUAGCACAAAAUAACUCAAAGCAAGAUCCACUGCCUGCUCAAGUCAUGAGCUUUGUGGUUGCUCCCUUGGUGAAGGAGCAAGGAUACAGCCCUGCCUCCUGUGUUAAUAGGAAAGAAGCUGGAUAUGUUCUCAUACUCACUUUUCACACAGCACAGGCCAGUCAACAGACCAACAAUCCUUCUAGGAAACCCACAGGGUUGCAGGAGCUUCUAGGGUGCCUCACAAUGCACUGAAACUUGAGGAUGACAUAGGCUACAAGUAACCCGAUCUCCUGUUGAAACUCAUGUCAGUGUCAAUUGACCAAGCAUGAACCUGGAUUCCUCAGGCCUCUGCAACUUCAGCCAUUUACUGUGAAUCUGCAUGAUCAAAACAUGGGCAAGUACCAUGACUAGCACAUGAUUGUUGUCUUUGACCUUGACAACCUGAAGACUUGGUUUAAUGUGCUUGACACCCUUUAGGACCAAUAUAAGGCUGUCGCCUGUAGAGACAACAAGAGCCUAUGUCAGGGUCUCAAUAAGGAUGUCAAAGGUGAUUUCAGUGUUAAUGAUUUCUUGACUUGCUUACCAAUCCCUGAAAAUCAGCGAAUGUUAUGAGCCUCACUCUCAAGUAAGUGAUAUUCAAACAGCACAGCAGACAAUUACCUUGUGGCAGACAUGGAUAGGUAGAGGGCUCAUUGGGCUCAGUACUUUGAGCAGCUAUGCAUUGCAAACCCUUCAAGCAGCAGCUUACAACUGCUGGGUUACCUUUAUAGUUGAUGCUGAGUUGCCCAUUGGCAAAACCCUAACAUGUCUUUAUGAGGUUAGAGAAGCUGUGGCGAGGUUGAGUAGUGGAGUGGCCGCUGAUGUUUGUUAAAUCAUUCUGAAGCUGCCCAAUAUCAGAAGGGCAACCAUAAACCAUGGGUUGCUUGCUGUUUUGAUUGGCCUAUGGUACCAGAUUUCUGUAUGUCAGUCAAAAUCAAAUGCAACCCAUGGAUCUUGGCCACCCCAAAGGCUUAUAACAGCUCUGCAAUGAAGUUACAAACUCCAGAGGCAGUUCCACUCCUCAGCCUUGCCACAGCUUCUCCAACUAAGUCAAGAGAUGGUAGGGUUUUGUCAUUAGAUGAAUCAGCAUCCACUAAAAGUAAUCAAUCAGUUAAACUGCCGCUCAAAGGGUUCCCCAGGCAUAGCUGCUCCAAGUACUCAGCAUAACAAGCCCUCUGCCCAUCCAUGCUUAAUACACAGCACCCACAUGAGAGGGAGAGUUGUAUUGUAGCUUUCAAAAGGAUUGAUAAAGAACUUGGGAGUCCUUUUUGACUCUAUGUCCCAGUAAAACUCCUGACAUACCUCUGUCUUCAAAGGAGAUCUCCAAUCCUAUGAGACACAGCCUUAUAUCAGUCCUAAUUCCCAGUAAACAUGGCAAUGUGACCUCUAUGUUCUCCAACAUCUGAAGCAAAACCACUCCUUGACCCCACCAGGUACUCUUGUGCACUUCUUUACAGCUUGGAGAGUUUCACAUUUGAAGGUCCUUGAGGGUGCUGAGUGCACAAUGAACCAAUAUGCAACAAGGGAUAAGAAGUCAAAGGUGUGCUUCAGCCCCACUCACACUGGACACGUCUACAGUUUCCCCCUAGAUAAGACUAAUAACAUUGCUCAUGUUAGGAUCACUAUGAUCCAAUCACUUCAGCUGGAUUUCUAGUCGAGGAAUAAGGACGCUGCUGAUUGGCGGGCAGUGUCUGACGUUUCCAUCGCCCAACACGGUCACAUAGGUUCAGAAAAUUAUUUCUUUACUUAGCCAAGCUGUUACAUAAAUUACACAAACUUUGUUGAUAUCUUUGACUUAAGCAGUGCUUGUACAACUCAACACAAUGUUCCGAACUCAAUGGGGUAAAAAAUAAUGUAAAUAUGGUGAAUGUCAGAAUAACAUUUAAUGUUUAUACCACUUUUUACAAAUCCUUUUGUCUCUCAUAUUGCACUUUAUCUAACAUCGGAGAGUGGCAUCAUAUUCACAUGGAUUUUAUGCACGAGAACAAACGUUUUAUUCUAAAUCAUCAAUGGGGGCAUAUGCCAGGGGAUGUCGCCUCACCCGAUUCUAAAACAAUCUAUAAAUGCUGCAAACACUGACAAGUCAAAAGUGGUAUAAACAUUCAAUGUUAUUUUCUGACCUACUCAGCGUAUUUACUUUGUUUUUUACCCUAUCGAGAUUGAAAAAUCAUGUUUUUGUUGUACAAUCAUUACUUUAUCCAAUGAUGUCAUCAAAAUUUACCUACCUUGUGUGACAAAUCAGCUAGUUCAAGAAACUGAGUAUUUUCUGAUCCUACACUAGUGUGAUGGAGAUGUCAGACACCCAGUCCGCCAACAGCCAAUCCGCAGUGUCUGUACUUACUCAAUAGGAGGUAGGGAUCCAGCUAAAGCCCCUUAGUCUCAGAGUCCCACUAUAUCCACCUUCAGCCUUUUGAGAUGAUCAGUGUGAGGCUGAGGAUGUUCCAGGUGCCCAAAAGCAGAACUUUCGAAAGAUUUAUCUGAAGUAGGCCCAAUUCAGUGCCACAUCUGCACUAAGAGAGAGAUUUAUACAAAGAAAUGUGACUGUGAUACAUGAAUGUAGUGAGUCUAUGACCAAUGGGAUGGGAUGAGGUGAGAUGACACACACACACACACAGUGGCAGACUAGUUAAUCUAAUAUUUCCUACAUAAUUUAAGUUUUUGGUAUAAUUUUAAAAUAUGCAAUCACAUGCAGUCAGCAAAACGACUGCCUCUUCUCAGCACACUGAUAGAUUACACGUUCAUAGGUUGAGUAGUGUCAAGGAGGGUUGGGGUGCUUGACUGUCAAGAAGUAUAAGCAAGACUAAAGGCAAUUUUACACAAUGCAAUGUUAGCGUCUUCAAUGCUUUAUAUGCAACUGUUUAUAGUGAAAGCAGUCUACAAGCUUAACCUCUGACUUUGACUUUCCCAGGUAAUAUACAUAUGUACUCACAUAGCUGAAGGCUUUACCCUAAAGAGGUCACAUCACUGCCCUCACCUUAGGGACUCCCUAGCUGUGGCAGUCAAACCUGACACACACGCACACACAUGCCUGAACGAAGCUGGCAGGGUAAGCAGAGGCAGUGGCGAACUGAAUAGCUUUGCAGCCAGUGUCGCAUGAGUUGACCACACUGCUGCAUCCAAUCUGAACAAUCUCACUGAAAACAACACAGCACUUUAAGACAGGGUUAUAAUAUACUUCAAACAAGAAUAGAAACGAUUAUGCCUACAUUUGUUUUUGAAAAUUUAAUCACAUCCUAAUAUCUCUGUAUCAAUUUAUAAAUUAUUAGUUCCACCAUUUGUCAUUUCUAGUAGAUUAAGUUUGAAGGACUAUGCUAUGGAAUGAAUGUUACUGCCAAAGAAGUUAAGAUAAAUAAGCCUGAAAAACUGGGCUGGGUGUGGCAUUUCAUGAUUCUGAUUUUGAAUGGGCAGCAAUCCACUGAGACUCCAGCAUGGAACAAUUUGCAUUUACCUCUAGUCUUAAUUAAGUUUUGUGAGAUAACUGUCUUCAUUAAGUGAUUGCAUUAUGAAAAUAACUAUAAGCAGAGAAUACAUGCAUACUUGUAGUUGAAUCUAAAGUAUGUAGAAAAGACCAAUUAAGUGCUAAGGAAACGCUAUAUAUAAUAAUAACAACGAAUUAAAUUAUGGGUAAAAAAAUAGUGUCAAAUUACAUGUGUGUAAAAGUUAGUGACACAAACAUGCAAUACUCAUGCAAAGUAACACUUGUAACAGCUACACAUGCUGUAUGAAAAUAAUGGUGUCUUGCGAUUCACCUUAAUUUCUUAAUAUGAUCCAGUAUUUUUGAUUUGUUUAUUUUUAUUUUCUAUAAAAUUUCUUUGAAUGGCAAUGUGUUCAACUGACAGCAUUUUAUAUAAAAGAAUGUGGGCAUGUGUGUGUAUGUGUGUGUGCACAUGUGUUGACAAUAAAGAGUGAAUAGAAUAAGGGUAUGUCUGUGCCUUGAGUGUGAUUGUUUUGUGUUCAGGUAGAAGGUGAAGGCAUGGAAACAGAUUUAGGAUAUGGGGACAUAGUGGGUGCAUGUAGAUAACAGGCCUCAAUCAUGUGUAUUAAAUGUCCAGUUGUUGUUGUUGUUGUAAAUUGUAUUACUGUAUGAUUUGUACAUGUUAUAUAUACCGUAUUUUGUAUUACUAAGCAAAAUAAAUUUCUUUUACAUUA